UGACUUGUGGUGCGUAUUGUUGUCAAGGAUGUUUCUUGACAACACUUUGAUGUGACGACCAAAGCCAAGUGGGUUCGAAAAAUCGUCCGUUUACAGUGCCAGCGCUAUACGAUCAAGGUACGACUGUUAUUUAGUUAUACUGUGUAUACCUAAACACAUCAUUGGUUACUCCAUCCUGAAGUGUUAAGCGUCAUGUCUGAAAUUCCACAAGACAGCAAGAUGGACGAGAACAACAUUGAAGUUGUGGCUCACUCGCCUAUCAAGACAACAAGCAGCCACAGCAUUCAUCGCAUUCUAAACAAUCAACACAGGCAGCUUAAUCCUCAUCACCAUCACCUGUCCAUCGCCAGACGUCACAUCAUUAAAAGUAAAGGGCAAAUCAGCCUAGGUCUGCGUAGCCACCUUACAAUGAGAAGGGUGUACCACCACCUUAUGCUAAGCAGACACCACAUUUAUACAAGUCAUCAUCAUUUAACCCUUAGCAGGAAUCAUCUCCAUCCAGCUUUGAUCCAUCGACCGACUGAGAAAAAUCAUUACCACCUGCAAAAGAGUUUCAGGCACCAAACCUACAGCCACCACCACCUAGCUAUGAACACCCACCUACAGCCGUGGUCAACCAAAAACCUCCUCUUAAACCUGUACCGUGUGGAACUCAGUCAUUAUUAUUUAUUGUCUUCCCAUCACCAUCUGGCAUGUGUCCAUCACCCCCACAUGUCAUUAAAACGGCAUCACAACCAACUUCCGAUGAAACCCCGCCCCCGCCUUAUUUCAUUGACCCCCCAACCCGAAGCGUUUAAACGCAUUCACCACCCCCUCUCCCUAAAACACCACCCUCACCUCCAAUCCAUGAUCCGUAGCCUUAGGUCCUUAAAAAGCCACCACCACCUCCUUUCUUCGAAACGAAACCACAAACUUCCUACUUUAAGACUAAGUUAUAAACCUACCCAAGUCAACCCCCACCUACAGUCAAAAAUCGACCCCCACCCUCUACAGGCAAACAUCGACCCCCACCCUCUGAAUACAAACAUCGACCCCCGCCUCCUGGCCAUGAUCCCGCGCCCCCUCCAGUUGAAAAGCCACAUCAAACUGCAGUCAGCACUACACGAUGCCCAACAUGGAGAAAACCAGCCACUGACCCGUCAAAGUCGCCAGCUCCUGACACUUAGCCGCCAACAGCUAUUUAUUAAUCCAGGAGACGAGUGGAUGAGCCGCAAGGCACUGGACUUAAGCCGCAACCCUAUAGCGGCCAGCCGUGUUAUGUUGAAUCCGCACCUACAGUCGAUGAGCCAGAACACUCAACAAGGCUUUCAGACUCACCAAGGCCUUCAGACUCAACAAGGCCUUCAGACUCAACAAGGCCUUCAGACUCAACAAGGCUUUCAGACUCACCAAGGCUUUCAGGCUCAACAAGGCCUUCAGACUCAACAAGGCCUUCAGACUCAACAAGGCCUUCAGGCUCAACAAGGCCUUCAGACUCAACAAGGCCUUCAGACUCAUCAAGGCCUUCAGACUCAACAAGGCCUUCAGACUCAACAAGGCCUUCAGACUCAACAAGGCCUUCAGACUCAACAAGGCCUUCAGACUCAACAAGGCCUUCAGACUCAACAAGGCCUUCAGACUCAACAAGGCCUUCAGACUCAACAAGGCCAGAGUUGGCCUUCUACGCUUCAACCUUGCCACUCCUCACAGACGGUAACGAUGACCCACGAGCUGGAAUUUAGUCAACUGUCUCACACGGGCCAAAUGACAUUCGGCCAACAAACAACCUUGAGCCAACUGUCAGGUAGCGGCCACGUUACAUUGACCAGACGCGUAACGCUGAGCCAUCAUGACCUACACAAUCCGCUACACCGAGACAACGAACUACAGGAAAACCAACAACCACGUGGUUUGAUGCCGAAUGGUUAUGCUUCAUCAGGAUCUACUCACACAGGUGUCUUGCUAAGGCCAUCAAAGUUCCCUCCCAAUUUUUAAACCAUAAGUGAACUUUAUGUAAUCAUCCGCGGUUUACAAAAAAAAAAAAAUCAUCAUUUAUAAAUAAUAGAUAUAUAUAAUUUUUUAACAUUAUAAAUAAAAAAAAUAA